AAUGAUGAUGCGAAGCUCAAGAUCUAGAACGGGAAGAAGACCGUUGAAGCUUCCUUCGCGGAGCCUCAUCGUUGUCUCUCUCGCCAUCUUCGCCAUUCUUCCUCCAAUUUUCUUCCAUUUUCGCCUCCGACGCUUCCACCAGCUGCGCCGCAGAUUCAACUCAUGAAGUGCCGUUGGCUCAACAAUCCUCCUCUCAUCUGUGCGCACGGUGGCGAUUCCUCCAAGGCUUCUCCCAACACCAUGGCUUCGUAUUUCCACGCUAUUCAGGCUCACGCGGAUUGCAUUGAGAUCGACGUUUCUCGUUCUUCGGAUGGAGUUCUGUUUGCCCUUCACGACAGGGAUUUGCAGCAGUUAACUGGAAAUGAUAGUAUAAAAGUUGGUCACAUGAACUCAAAACAGAUAAGAGAGCUUAGUCUUUCUCAACAGUCUAAGUCCAAGUUUACUGAUGAAACUAUACUUACAAUACAAGAUGCUCUGAUGUUGACUGCGAAUUCAGUGCGACAGAUAGUUCUAGAUGUCAAGGUUGGACCCCCAUUUUAUGAGAAAGAGCUUGCCAAAGAUGUUCUCUCUGCUGUGGGGAAGACACAGUGCAGCAACUGCCUCAUAUGGGCCAAAAGUGACAAUGUAGCAAGGGAUGUAAUUAAACUCUCAUCAAAUAUUACUGUUGGCUACAUUGUAAUGAGAGAAUAUUCAAGUGGAGUUAGGUCAACUUUGUUGAGAAUGAAAGGUGCGGAGGUUGUUGGUGUCUAUCAUGGAUUGAUUGAUGAAAAGAUCGUGAGAGUUCUGCACAGGAGGAACAAAAAGGUGUAUGCUUGGACAGUUGAUGAUGUAGAAUCCAUGCGAAGGAUGUUGGUGGAACAUGUUGAUGCUAUUAUUACGAGCAACCCAACUUCUCUUAAACGCAUAAUGCAAGAUAUCAAGCUUCAAUGUCUUGAAGAAGGUUAUUCGUUACAACACUAAACAAAUUUUCAACAAUUUUAGAGCUAAUCCUUUCUGUAACAUACAUUUAACAAGAAACUCAAGUAUAUUUCUUAUUUUAAUGCCUGUUUUUAAAA